AUGUUUAGCUUUCAAUCACGUUCUAAACUGUCCGGAACAGCAAAACGGCCUGCAUUAUCUCUUCCUGCUCGAACAAAGCAUCUAUCAGAAUCUCACAAAAAUAUAAGAGACCAUUCCUCUUCACCUCAAUCUAAUCCAUCUCCAUGUUCCUCAACCAGUAACAAGAGCCCAACGAACGCUGACGUUAAUAUUUGCGCGACCUAUGAAUUAAACGCCUUACAUCGAAUUGCUGCAAAGUGUUCUCGUUCAAAUUUAUCAACAUUUUCAUCAAGUGGCAUUCUGGUUCAAAGUGAUACUUUAUUUGAGCCAAGUUCUCGGCACAGACGAGUUUCCUGUGAUGCGGGAAAAGUAAACGGCAUCUCAAAUACACAAAAUUUAGCUGCAGAUAGCAGUGAGGAGUAUGGCUGCACUAUCUUGAGUACCGAAGACUUACUAUCUAGACUUCGUCGGGCUCGAGACCUCCAGGCAGAUACUGGUAUUAUUCUUGUUGACUUGCGCGAAACUCGCUUCUAUCAAGAUGGCCAUAUCAUAACAUCGCGUAGUGCUAAUUGCUAUACUAAAACGAUGGCAAAGCGCGCAGUAUCCACUUGGCAUUGCUGGUUUCUCGAUUCCAAAGGCUGCCCAUCUCCCCGCGUUUCCGACCUCCAUGCUGAGUCCUUCCAUGAAAAUGAUUCGCAAGGCCCGACCGUUUGCAUACAGAGAACCUCGGCUAAGGAAUGCACUCCAAUUAUCGUAAUUUACGAUCAAGCUUCUAAGGGACCUCCUCCAUCUUUUGCGGACAAACAAGGUCCUUUAGCUUCACUCAGAUACUUUAUCGAUGCUCUCUUGCUUCUUGGAAACAAAGUCUAUUUCCUCUCAGGUGAGUCUGUGAAAAAUUUUAAAUUUGUGUAA